UGAUGAGUUUGAGAAUAGGACUCCGGAACACGUUUGAUGUGGUUUGCUUCACGCUAUCUAUUAACAGUCAACUGAACAACCUUAGCCCUUGGGCCUUAGGCCUUAGUUCUCCAGUUUUAGAAAGAUAAAGGACACGACCACAACGUUCCGAACUGGAGUUGGCAACGGCGACGAUGAGGGUGUUAAAAGCGGUCGUUUCCGUCUCGAUUUUAUGUCUUGUGGCUCUGUCUGGAUUCGCCCAUGGGUUCGUGACGCCUCGUACUUUGCUUAACCGCUUGUCUGUAAAAAACGAUUACUUAACCACUGAAGAGCUCUGGUUCGAUCAGACUCUCGAUCACUAUUCCCCUUACGAUCAUCGGCAAUUUAAACAGCGUUAUUAUGAAUUUCUUGACUACUUUCAAGUUCCAGAUGGACCCAUUUUUUUAAAAAUUUGUGGGGAGUCUUCCUGCAAUGGCAUAGCCAAUGAUUAUAUCAGUGUUUUGGCAAAGAAGUUUGGGGCAGCUGUGGUUUCUCUUGAGCAUCGUUACUAUGGGAAAAGCAGUCCUUUUAAAUCACAUACAACGGAAAACUUGAAGUAUCUUUCAUCCAAGCAGGCUCUCUUUGACUUGGCUGUUUUUCGUCAAUGGUAUCAAGAAUCCUUAAACUUGAAGCAAAAUAAAACCGAUGCUGAGAAUCCAUGGUUUGUUUUUGGUAUUUCAUACUCUGGUGCUCUUAGUGCGUGGUUUCGUCUUAAGUUUCCCCAUUUAACUUGUGGAAGCCUGGCAAGUUCUGCAGUUGUUCUUGCUGUUUACAACUUCACUGAGUUUGAUAAGCAGAUUGGUGAAUCAGCUGGUACUGAAUGCAAAGCUGCAUUACAAGAAGUUACUCAACUUGUUGAUCAAAGACUAACAUUGAAUAAAAAAGAACUGAAGACACAGUUUGGCGCAGCUGAGCUUGAGAUUGAUGGUGAUUUCCUCUAUUUUCUGGCAGAUGCAGCUGUUAUUGCGUUUCAAUAUGGAAAUCCAGAUAAAUUAUGCACCCCUCUUGUUGAAGCAAAAAAGGCUGGAGAGGAUUUGGUGGCUGCCUAUGCCAAAUAUGUCAAAGAGUAUUAUGUUGGAAGUUUUGGUGUCAGUGUCGAAACUUAUAAUCAGAAACACUUGAAGAACACUGCUGUUAAUGAAGAUAGUUCUGAUCGGCUAUGGUGGUUUCAAGUGUGUACUGAAGUUGCAUAUUUCCAGGUGGCACCCUCAAUUGAUAGCAUUCGCUCUUCAAAAGUUGAUACAAAAUACCACUUGGAUCUUUGCAAGAAUGUCUUUGGAGAAGGCAUCUACCCAGAUGUUGAUGUGACAAAUAUAUACUAUGGAGGCACAAAAAUUGCAGGUUCAAAAAUCAUUUUUACAAAUGGCUCACAGGAUCCAUGGCGUCAUGCAUCCAAACAGACAUCAUCCUCAGGAAUGCCUUCUUACAUCAUUACUUGUCAUAAUUGUGGCCAUGGAACUGAUAUGCGAGGAUGUCCCCAAUCUCCUUUAAGCAUUGAAGGUAAUGCUCAGAACUGCAGUUCGCCUGAUGCAGUUCACAAAGUGAGGCAACAGAUGAUAGAACACAUUGACUUGUGGCUGUCUGAGUGCAAGGACACGGGUAGGAGUUACAUGUAAACGUGUCUGGCAUAGACGAGAUACAUGUAUGUGUGAAUUGAUUACUUAAACUAACCAUAAUCUCAUGUACGUUACCUUCUCAACAGAUGUUUAGGUGCUCA